UGGUCAUCCCCUGUACUGUGUCUGCAGUCUCUGGUCAUCCCUGUGCUGUCCGCAGUCUCUGGUCAUCCCUGUGCUGUCCGCAGUCUCUGGUCAUCCCUUGUACUGUGUCUGCAGUCUCUGGUCAUCCCUGUGCUGUCCGCAGUCUCUGGUCAUCCCUGUGCUGUCCGCAGUCUCUGGUCAUCCCUUGUACUGUGUCUGCAGUCAGCAGUCAUCUCCUGUACUGUGUCCGCAGUCUCUGGUCAUCUCCUGUACUGCUGUCCGCAGUCUCUGGUCUUCCCUGUGCUGUCCGCAGUCUCUGGUCUUCCCUGUGCUGUCCGCAGUCUCUGGUCUUCCCUGUGCUGUCCGCAGUCUCUGGUCUUCCCUGUGCUGUCCGCAGUCUCUGGUCAUUCCUGUGCUGUCCGCAGUCUCUGGUCAUCCCUGUGCUGUCCGCAGUCUCUGGUCAUCCCUGUGCUGUCCGCAGUC